AUUGCUGCACAGAGAUCCGGCCAGGUAGCCACGGACAUAGACAAAAUGUGGAGAUUCGUAAGUGCAGCCAUGGGAAUAGGAAAUCAUCGAAUCCGACUUCAACACUGGAUUGUCUUCCAGCUUCUGAUUUGUAGUAUUCAGCUGAUUUGCGCAUCAGAGCAUAGUGGCGAAGGAUAUGGCGAUGGUUACGGAUACGGCGGAAGCGGAGGCGGCGGCAGUGGAUCACUAGGCAGCGGCGGAGGAGGCGAUGGCCACUUUCACCACCACACACCCACCACGUACUCGGAGAUCUCGAAGCAUGUGCCGGUGCAUGUGAUCGAAAAGGUGCCACUGCCCAUUCCCCAUCCGGUCGCCGUUCAGGUGCCCAACGUAAUUCGGCUUCAAAUUCCGGAACCCUAUGCCGUCCACGUGCCCGUCCAGCAGGAGAUCCAUGUGCCGGUGUAUAAAAUAGUGCCCGAAAUAACCGAAAAGAAGAUACCCUACACCGUCGAGAAGCCAUACCCCGUCGAGGUGGAGAAACCUUAUCCCGUCGAGGUGAUUAAGCAGAUCAAGAUCCCGGUGCCUAAGCCCUAUCCUGUUCCGUUUACCAUCUACAAACACGUCCUGCAAAAGGAGCACGGCUGGUGAUGAAGAUAGUCGUGGUUGGUUAGGUGUGUAAGUUUUGGAAUGCCAGCUCUAAAUCGAAGAGUAUUAUUUUACAAAGCUAAUGAGUAAAAAUAGUGUUUAAGAUAAAGUACUGCGUUUUCAGAAAAUACUGAAAAGAAAAGACGUUACUGAACCUAAUUGAAGUCUAUAAACAAACGAAAAAAUACAAUUUUCUUCCAU